CGACACCCUGAAGUGAAACAGGUUUCAUCCAGUCAUCGCGUGAAGCGAGGAGGGCCCGAUGAGUGCGCAGUCUCUGCCCGUUGCUGUCGUAAACCGUGACUCGCAUAAUGCCAUUUACUUUACCGGCACGGUGGCUCAGUGGUUAGCACUGUCGCCUCACAGCAAGAAGGCCCUGGGUUCGAGUCCUUUCUGUGUGGAGUUUGCAUGUUCUCCUCGUGCCUGCAAUUCAUAUGGACACUGCAGGCCACAUGGCACCUGGUCAACACCAGACUAGAAAUGGACCAGGCUUUUGAUCAGCCAGUAUGCAAGAAAAAGAAACUCUGGGAGACCGUGGCAGAGCAAGUGAACACCAAACUGAGAGAGUCAGAGGCCACCGAUGUCACCGUGAAGGCAUACGAGUGUGACCUCAAGUGGAGAAACAUGUUGGCCACAUACAGGAAGAACUCCGAGAGGGCCAAGAGGCUGGGGGUGGCCAGCGUCCACUGGGAGUUCUUCAAGGCCAUGCACGAGGUCCUGGGUAAGAGCAGGGAGGAGAUUGAAGCCCAGCGAAGGGCCAAACUCAGCGGGACAAGAGUGGGCAAGGCGAUAGCCAGCAAGAGGUUCACCCCGAUCCUCCCCAACCCGCCGACAACAACUGCUGCCUGCACUGCCAGGCCUCCACAGGACGUCCUACAGCUGUACAUGGAGCUGCAAGAGAGGAAGAUGAACAUGUGGGCCCAGCAGAAAGCCCUGGAGGAGAGGAAGAUAGAGGCCAUUAACAACUUGGCCCAGGCCAUCUCCAGCCUCGCUCAGAAGAACAGCACACAGGUGUCCAAGGAUGGACUGUAGGCAACAGACUCUGUUUUCUAUCCACAAAAGCUUUUAUCAUUCUGCAUAAUGAAAAUUAGUGUUUUUGUUAGAAAUGUUUUUAAGAUUGGUCCAUGUUGGCACUUUUUUUUCUGUUACAGUUUUAAAAUUAGUUUGCCUAUUCUGAACUUUAUCAUGCAGCAGUUCAGAAAACGGGACACACACUUGCAAAUCAUCUUCUGUUUACGUCACAAUAUGUGUCUUUUUCUGUUGGAUGAAUGCAAUUCACUUAUUUUUGUACCGCAAUAGAAGAGUGAAUUAUCGAUGGUUGGCUUAAGUUACAAGUGCAAGAAAAAACUAUUUUUUUACUUAAAAGCUGGCACCCUGCCAUCACUGCACCUGAUAUUUAUAUAAAAUGCCGACAACCUAUAUGCAAAAGUAGAACAUGUUAUUGUUGUAUGCAGUCACCGGACGUGAACAAACUCAAACAGAUAUGAUCACAACAGUAUUCAUUGUACCAUUCACACUUUACCAUUAAUGUAUUCAUAAUAUACACUUCGUCAGUAUGCACAACUUCACUUUGUAAUGUAUUCCAAUAAACAAUCCUGCAAUAAUUACUAUUAUAGUAGUAUAGUAGGGAAACACUC